UCACAAUCCAAUCCCUCGGCUGAGACGUGUCGCGCAGUCAGAGCAUCCUUCCGUCAUGGCGUCUGUUUGGGCUAAAUCCUUCGCUCACCUGCCGGUCCUGUCUGUUUUCUUCUUCCUGCUGCUAUGUCUGCCGCCCGGGGGUGGGCAAAAGAAGAAGGAGAAUCUGCUGUCAGAGAAGGUUGACCAGAUGAUGGAGUGGUCCUCUCGGCGUUCGGUCGUCCGGAUGAACGGGGACAAGUUUCGUCGCUUCGUCAAGGCCCCACCCAGGAACUACUCUGUCAUCGUCAUGUUCACUGCCCUGCAGCCUCAAAGGCAGUGUUCUGUCUGCAGGCAGGCAAAUGAGGAGUACCAGGUCCUGGCAAACUCGUGGCGUUACUCAUCUGCAUUUUCCAACAAGCUCUUCUUCACGGUAGUGGACUAUGAUGAGGGAGCUGAUGUUUUCCAACAGUUAAACAUGAACAGUGCUCCGACCUUCAUGCAUUUCCCGGCUAAGGGAAAGCCAAAGAGGGCUGAUACGUUUGACCUGCAGAGGAUUGGCUUUGCUUCAGAGCAGCUGGCCAAGUGGAUUGCAGACCGCACAGAUGUUCAGAUCCGCGUCUUCCGUCCUCCUAAUUAUUCAGGGACUAUUGCUUUGGCUCUGUUAGUGUCUCUGGUUGGAGGUCUGCUGUAUCUGAGAAGGAACAACUUGGAAUUCAUAUACAACAAGACUGGAUGGGCCAUGGCUGCACUGUGUGUAGUUUUUGCGAUGACAUCUGGUCAGAUGUGGAAUCACAUCAGAGGUCCUCCCUAUGCCCACAAAAACCCCCAGAAUGGACAAGUGAGUUAUAUUCAUGGCAGCAGUCAGGCUCAGUUUGUGGCUGAGUCUCACAUCAUCCUUCUCCUGAAUGCUGCAAUCACCAUGGGGAUGGUGCUGCUAAAUGAGGCUGCCACCUCCAAGGGAGACGUUGGCAAGAGGAGAAUCAUCUGCCUGGUUGGUCUUGGACUGGUGGUGUUUUUCUUUAGCUUCCUGCUCUCCAUUUUCAGGUCCAAGUACCAUGGAUACCCCUACAGCUUCCUGAUUAAGUGAAAAAAGACAGAAGAGGAGGUCAGAGGAUGGCGAAGAGGCGGUUGGUGAGGAGAAGAGGAGUCGAGAAGAUACUUGAAGAGGAGGAGGCAGCGUCGCUAUUAAGUCUAGAGUGCAUGGCGGGGUUUCUUUUUUGUGUGUUGUUUUUUUAUCGACUGCUAUCAUAAACUCUGCAAGCUGAAUAGAAAAUAAAUUAUUCCUUCUUACACUGGAGAAUAAAAGUGUCAGGCAUGUCUGUAUUUUUGUCAUUUCUUCCUUUCUCUGGUUCCUUUCAGUAUUGAAUAGUGUGGGUAGACACACUGACCUGUGGCUGUGGUGUGCUGUUUGUGCUUGUUUUUUUUAAAUUAAUGUAUUGGAUCUUAUUUAUGGAAACUGUGAGACAGCAGUUUAGAAGGAUGUUUAGCAGGGUAAAAGUUGAACAGAGAAACAGAGAGGUGAAGUUUCGCAAAUGAUUAGUAGGGCAGCUUAUUAACGAGGUGUAAAAGUACUUGUUACAUCUUUGUCUCUUAUGGUGACAACACAUUUACAGUAUUUUGGUGGAGCACUGAUAAAGUUCCUAAUCUGCAGCUAGGAAAUUCCUGCUCCAGCUUCAUCCGUAGGUUUGGAGCUCCGUUCAACGGGCGACCAGGUUUGAAUUAAUGUAGCUGAAAUAUGAAUGGCUCAAACAAUGAACAGUGUGCAGAUUUAUACAGACACAUAUGGAAUAAAUCCAGUCAUUUAUCAUAGGCCAUAGGGCUUUUUCUCUUAGGCUUUGUGUCUGAUGUUAAGGCUGAGAUGGUCUUUACUCAGACUACAAGUAUGGUUGCUGUAGAUCUUCUUGCACCAGGACCAAAAUAUUUUCCUUUCUCCCAUCUCUGUGAUGUGACAGAUGAUGUUCAUGUUAUAUGUGUCUGCAAAAUGUUCACCGCCAAAGUCUUUUUACUGGAUAUAUACUGUAUUUUUCAACUGACGGCAGUAAAUUAUAGUUAAUGUUAGGUUAGAAAAGUAUUGUCAAGACAUGGCACAAACCCCAGGAUGUGAGUGUUGAGAUUAAAUUAAAAUAAAUCAGCCUCCACUGUCUUACACUGCACUACAUCAACAUUCAUUUCUCGCUGCGCUGGCACUGAAGUUCAAUCACUGAUGCAAAAUAGUAGCACAUGAACUAAGUUCAGAGCUCCAAGUGCUCUAACUUUUCUUGCUGAAUGUGAGAAGCAUAGGUCAUUUGGAGAAUACAUACAUUUCUAAUUCUUUCACUUGUUGACUGCCUACUAAAACACUGAGUGGGCUCGAGCAUUGAAACCAUUUAUGUAACCUGCUGUGCGUGGGCAGACAGAAGAAUGGUGCCGCACAUAGACCAGUUUUGACAAAUGUAAUAAAAAUAUUCCCUCUCAGACUUCAAA